AUGCCAGCUUGUGUAGCCAUGCCUGCUGCCUGAUUUCGUAGUGAUGCAGUAUUGCAAUGCGCUCCUGAGCUGGCUGUUUCAGAAUUUUAGCUUAGCCUCUCUGCAUCUCCCGGCCUGCUCACUCACUUCUGUUUUAGUAGUUCCUAGCUUUCUUUCCGAGAAUUACACCUACUUGCCAUGAGAAAUUGUCGAUGGUAGGAGUAGGAGAUUAUAAGCUGUUGCCUGCUUCGGCGUUUGGAGUUCUGAAUUUUGUUGUCAGCCGCGGUAGAAGAUUGAAGGAAGAUGUGCUCGUUGGAGGCGACGCGGGCGGAGCUGGGGCUGGCGGUGCUGUACCUGAACAAGGCGGAGGCUCGGGACAAGAUCUGCAGGGCCAUCCAGUACGGCUCCAAGUUCAUCAGCAACGGCCAGCCCGGCACCGCGCAGAACGUCGACAAGUCCACCACCUUGGCUCGCAAGGUCUUCCGCCUCCUCAAGUGGGUGAACGAUCUGCAUGCUCUCAUCAGCCCAGCCCCCAAAGGGACCCCUCUCACACUCGUCUUGCUUGGGAAGUCUAAGAAUGCGCUGCUGUCGACCUUCCUGUUCCUGGACCAAUUCGUGUGGAUAGGAAGAUCUGGGAUAUACCAGAACAAGGAGCGCACGGACCGCAUCGCCAGGAUAUCCCUCUACUGCUGGAUGGCCUCCUCUGUCUGUGCAAGUCUAGUCGAGCUUGGGGAGCUCAAGAGGCUAUCAAAGGCGAUGAGGAAGCGCGCCAAGGAGCUCAGGGGCGCCGACAAAUACGAGGACGAGCAGUACCUGGGGAAGAUGAAGCAGUCGGACGACCGGCUGCUGGCGCUGGUGAAGGCGGGCAUGGACGUGGUGGUGGCCGUGGGCCUGCUGCAGCUGGCGCCCAAGAAGAUCACCCCCAGGGUCACCGGGGCCUUCGGCUUCGUCACCUCCCUCAUCUCCUGCUACCAGCAACUCCCGUCCCGCGCUCCCCUGGCCAAACUCAAGGCGUGAGGAACGGACGCUGCACCAUGCAUGCUAGUCCAGACGCUGCCUCCACUCAACCGGGGCCGAUGCUGCGCUCGAGCAUGGAACCUGAGAUGUUAUGCUCGUAUAUGUACUACGUACGUAGCGGUAUAGAAUGAUGACGCCGAUCGUCUGUACGCACGGUUUUUAUUAUACAUACAUGCGCGGUAUGUUAUGAGUAGCAAGUAAUGGAUAUGGUAUAUGGUGCGGUAAAACAGAAGAUGCAAGCGUUAUCCGAAAUAAUUGGACGUAAA